UCUCCUUUUCCGAAAGGCAGUCACGUUCUCUCUUUUCAAUUUCCAUUCCGUCUUUCUUUGUCAUAUCCUAUAAAUACCCUGCAAACAUACAGGCAAAGGAACAUUGAAAUUUGCUAUGCAGCUAUUACAGAACACGUUUAUGUCACUUCUCUUACCGCAUUUUUUUGUGGGAUUUCGAUUUUCAAAGUGAAGAAAGAAGAAAAUAAACAUGUCGGGCAUAUCUCGGUCGCAGAGCGUGCCCACAAGAAAUGCGCUUCCGCCGCGGGAGCUUCUUGAUGAUUUAUGCAGUCGGUUCGUUUUGAAUUGUCCUAAAGAAGACCUACAGUCGUUUGAAAGAAUUUUGUUUCUCAUAGAAUGUGCACAUUGGUUUUACGAGGACAAUGCAAUGGAGCAAAAUCCAUCCUUAAAGUCCCUAAGCCUAAGGGAAUUCACAUCUUUAAUGUUUCAGAGUUGUGCUGCAUUGAGACCCUAUAUUGCACAUAUAGAUGACAUAUACAAGGAUUUCACUUCCUAUAAAGUUCGCGUGCCAGUAACUGGUGCAAUAAUUUUGGAUGAGUCGUAUGAGCGGUGCCUACUUGUGAAAGGUUGGAAGGCAGGAGCAAGCUGGAGUUUCCCUAGGGGUAAGAAAGCAAAGGAUGAAGAAGACCACAUGUGUGCUAUUAGAGAAGUAUUGGAAGAGACUGGAUUUGAUAUAUCUAAGCUUUUGAAUGUCGAUCACAAUAUUGAAGUUACUGUAGGGCAACAAAGAGUGCGUCUGUACAUCAUUGGUGGAGUAAAGGAAGAUACCGUUUUUGCACCACAAACUAAGAAGGAAAUCAGUGAAAUUACUUGGCAUCGAGUAGAUGAUCUACCACCUACAAAUUUUGAGGCAUCUUCUCGGGGUCCAAAUGGAAUGAAGUAUUUCAUGGUUGGGCCAUUUAUAAGACCACUGAAGGCAUGGAUUCAGGAGAAUUGCCCUCCAUUGACAACAAAUGGUGAAGCAUCAGUAAAAGGGUCAAGCACAUGUGUUUGGAAGGCUAAAUCCAGUUCUCCAAGUAGUGGUUCGGGUUCAGGAAUCAAUUCUUUAAUUGAGAAUAUACACAGCAUGGAGUCCCAUCCAAGCAAAGGUGCUGUUCUAAGUGAUGAUUUUCCAGGAAAAAGUUUUCGAAAUUUCAGAUUUGAUUCUAAAUACAUUCUCCAACUGAUUGAUGACACGAUAUCUUCUCAAUAGAUCAACAUCUUACUUCACACUGUAGUUGGAGCUCUGUUUGGGGCUUCAGCAUGAAUUUUAAGCCUUUGUAAAUGUUUUCAGGUGUACAGAGUUGUAGCUUCUGUAUUGUUUUCAGCUUCUAGAAGCAUUCAAGUUCUGUAAUUUUAAUCAUGUCUCCUUGUAUCAGUCUCAAAAUGAUGGCAUUUGGUAUUGCAUAGCCAAGACUUUGUUCCCUUUACAACUGUUAUAACAUAAAUGAAUAUCACCAAUCUAGAAUUUUGUGUAA